AUGGAGGAAGCCGGUGCACAGGUAGCACUGCCGAUAUUCAUGCAUGGGGCACUUUCGAGUAGAUUCUGCGAAUCGCCUCUUAUGGCUCGAAAGAGAGACUACCCUCAUAGUCAGGUUCAACCCCUUAAUUACCAGGCUCAGGAUCUGCAGCACCCAUCGGAUCCUCGGGCCAAUUGGAACCUGAAUUCCUGGGACUGGGACAGCGUCCGAUUCGUCGCGAAGCCGGUCGAAUCGGAGAUUCUGCGGCUUGGUUCUGUGACUGCGGAGCAAAAGAAGAGAGAAGGGGCUGCUGCUAAUGGAGUACCUGGGAUGUUGAAAAAGGGUGCAGCUAGAGAUGAAGAUGACGAAAGCCUGAAGCUAAAUCUUGGGGGCGGGCUCAAGUCCUUGGAGGAGCCUGUCCCGAGGCCUAACAAAAGGGUCAGAUCAGGAUCUCCGGGCAGCAACUACCCGAUGUGUCAAGUCGAUGAUUGCAGCGAAGAUCUCUCGAGUGCCAAGGACUACCAUCGGAGGCACAAAGUCUGCGAGGGUCAUAGCAAGGUGGCGAAAGCUCUAGUGGGGAAGCAGAUGCAGAGGUUUUGCCAACAGUGUAGCAGGUUCCACCCCCUUUCGGAAUUUGACGAGGGCAAAAGAAGUUGCAGAAGAAGACUUGCUGGGCACAACAGGAGGAGGAGGAAAACUCAAGCUGAGGAUGCCAGUAGCAGGGUUUUAUCCCCUGGGGCCAAGGACACCAGCGCUGAUGCUAACUUAGAUAUAGUCAACUUGUUGACUGCUUUUGCUCGUGCACAAGGGAAGAUCGAGGAUAAGAGUAUCAAUUCCUCACCGGUACCUGAUAGAGAACAGAUCCUUCAGAUCCUUAACAAGAUAAAUGCCUUAGCGCUGCCCACAGAUCUUGCUGCGAAGUUGGCCUCUUUCAGGAAUUUGAAUGGUGCGGCAUCUGGCCAAGCCCCUUCAGACCAUCUAACCAAAUUCAGUGGUGCGAUCUCAUCCCCUUCCACCAUGGAUUUGCUCACUGUUCUCUCUGCCACUCUGCUGUCUCAGAAGAAUGGACAAAUCACGGAGUCUGAGAAGAGUAAGGUAGCUAAUUUCUCAGACCAAUCUGCUGACCCUAAGCCUAUGGUUGAGAUCAAUUCAGUCGGUGGAGAGAGAAGCAGCUCAAGCUACCAUUCUCCUAACGAGGAUUCAGACUGCCAUGUCCUAGAGACUCGGACAAAUUUACCAUUGCAGCUCUUUAGUUCCUCACCAGAAAAUUGCAGCCUUCCAAAAUUACCUGCUUCGAGGAAGUACUUCUCUUCUGGCAGCAGCAAUCGGACUGAAGAUCGGUCCCCAUCUUCUUCACCUGUGGUGCAGAGGUUGUUCCCGUUGCAGAGUUCAGUUGAAGAAGCCAUAAGACCUGAGACAUCUGUCAUCAGGGAGGUCAAUGGAAAUGCCGAGAUGAACAGGGAGCGAGCUCACAUUGCACCACUCGAGCUCUUCAGAGAUUACGAUAAGGGACCAGGACGAGGCUUGUCUCAGGGUUCCCCAUAUCAGACUGGGUAUACAUCCUCUUCUGGAUCCGACCAUUCACCGUCAAGCUUAAGUUUGGACACACAGGAGCGAACUGUUAGAAUAAUGUUCAAGCUUUUCGACAAGGACCCCAGCCAUUUGCCGGGGGAUCUGCGGUCACAGAUCUACAACUGGCUUUCUAAUAGUCCAUUGGAAAUGGAAAGCUACAUAAGGCCCGGCUGUUUGGUUCUCUCUAUAUAUCUCUCGAUGCCUUGCGCUGCCUGGGAGCAACUUCAGGAAAAUCUUCUCGAACGCCUUCAUACGUUGCUUCAGGGUUCAGAGUCCAGUUUUUGGAAGAAUGGGAGGUUUCUUGUACAUACAGGCCGAAAAUUUGCAUCUCAUAAUGACGGAAAAAUUCAUCUAAUCAAAUCUUGGAGAACAAGUUCUCCAGAAUUGAUAUUGGUGUCACCUUUGGCACUUGCUGUUGGGGAAGAGAUCGCUCAGCUCGUCUUACAGGGUAGAAAUCUAGUCGAUCCCGGGACCAAGAUCCAUUGCACAUAUAUGGGUGGAUAUAUGUCGAAGGAAAUCGCGGAGCUAACUUGUGAGAAGUCUACUUGCGAUGAGAUCAGAAUAACGGGUUUUGAAAUUGGUGAUGGAGUUGCAGCGCCCCCUUCUUUAGGUCGUUGUUUCAUCGAGGUGGAAAAUGGCUUGAAGGGAAAUAGUUUCCCCUUGAUAAUUGCCGAUGCUACAAUCUGCAGUGAGCUGAGAACUCUCGAAUCUGAAUUAAUGGAACGGAAAAACAGUUCGAGGGAGGAAGUCCUGCACUUCUUAAACGAACUUGGUUGGCUUUUUCAGAGGAGGAAGGAUUCUUCUACUCCUCCUGAUCCGAAUCAUUCCAUCCGCCGCUUCAAGUUCUUGGUUACCUUCUCAGUCGAAAGGGAUUGGUGCUAUUUGGUCAAGAAGCUUCUUGAUAUAUUUGUGGAGAGCAACUUAGAUGAGAGUAUUCCAACAAAGGAGUCUCUGGAGGCGUUAUCAGAGGUUCAGCUCUUGAAUCGGGCAGUGAGAAGGGGUUGCACAAAAAUGGUGGAGUUGCUUAUAAAUUAUGCCGUGAAUCAUGGUCCCGAUGCUUCUAGAACAUAUAUUUUCCUGCCGAAUAUGGUAGGCCCCGGUGGGAUCACUCCAUUGCAUCUUGCUGCUUGUACUUCUGGCUCAACUAAUGUAAUUGAAGCAUUGACAAAUGAUCCGCAGGAGAUCGGGUUGAAUUCUUGGAGUACCCUUCUGGAUGCGAGCGGGCAGUCCCCUCACUCUUAUGCUGCAAUGAGGAACAACCACUCCUAUAAUGAACUGGUGGCGCGUAAACUCUCCAACAGGAGAGACGGUCAGAUUUCUCUGACGAUCAGAGGGUUUGAGAUUGUAGAGCAGGAGAAUGCAGGGGGCCCACAGUCUGUUAGGCAGCGGGUGUCCUGUGGUCGAUGCUCAGUGGUUGCAAUGAGGCCGUACGGAACGACAAUCAAGAAGGGCCCGGGAGUGCUUCAUCGCCCCUACAUACACUCUAUGCUCGUGAUUGCUGCUGUCUGCGUCUGUGUUUGCCUGUUCCUCCGUGGGGCCCCUAAGGUCGGUCUCGUUGCUCCUUUCAAGUGGGAAAAUCUGGACUACGGCCCAUUGUAAGCACUGAGUGCAAAAGAAGAGUGAGUGCAUAUGAAGAGAUCGGUGAAGACUAUCUCAUUUGAGGACAACUAUGUGAAGAGCGGAAUUUCUGUGCUUUAUGUAUCCUCAGAGAAACCUAAAGGGACCUAACAUAUUGACUCUUUUCAUUCUUGAUGAGUGGGAUAUGGAGAUGAUGACUAUUCCCACGUAGCCGUUCUCAGUGUAAUGAAUUCUUCAGGUUGGAAAUGAAGAUCGGGUGAAGUUUAUAAAGUACGUGACCUGACAUGAUUGAGAUGUGAUGGAGAUGGAAGCAGAUUGGAGGGUAUACCGACUCGUUAAGUUAGUUAUUCUGCUAUAAUGGUAAGUUUGUAUCUUGAUUCUUUUUUCAAUUAUGACUUGAUUGUAGCUAAGCAUCCAAAGUUAUAUGGUGACAAUGAGUUCAAUUUGUCAAUGUAAAGUCGGUUACUUGGUCAUGUUAGGAUGCUGCAUUAUUUAUCAGUGGAAGUAUAUGUUCGACUACAUUGGAUGUUCUGCUACCCUAAUACAUUGAUUCAUUUGUUUAUACGAUGAUUUGCUCGGGAUA